CGGCUCUGGGGUAGCGGGUGCAGCCGAUGCCUCGCGGUGCCGAGCGCUGCUGCUCUCGGCUUCGUCUUCCCCGCCUGGCUGGGGAUGCUGAGUAAAGGGACGCUGCAGCGCGUGCUGUCUGCCAUCAAUAGGAGACGGAGGAUGAAGCUGCUGAUGGGGCUCGCUCUGGUCGCCUACGUCGUCUCUGUAUGGGGAAAUGUACUCAACAUGAGGUCUAUCCAGGAUAAUGGGGAUCAAAAAGUAGAAAAUAAAAUCGAAGAGGUUGUUGCACCUUUAAGGGAAAAGAUCCGAGAAUUAGAGAAAAGUUUUACUCAGAAGUACCCACCAGUGAAGUUCUUAUCUGAAAAGGACCGUAAAAGAAUUUUGAUAACUGGAGGAGCAGGGUUUGUGGGUUCUCAUCUUACUGACAAACUAAUGAUGGAUGGCCAUGAAGUUACAGUUGUGGACAACUUCUUUACGGGCAGGAAAAGAAACGUGGAACACUGGAUUGGCCAUGAGAACUUUGAACUGAUUAAUCAUGAUGUUGUAGAGCCCCUGUACAUUGAAGUGGACCAGAUUUAUCAUUUAGCCUCUCCAGCUUCUCCUCCAAAUUAUAUGUAUAAUCCCAUAAAGACAUUAAAGACAAACACAAUUGGGACAUUAAAUAUGUUAGGCUUAGCAAAACGUGUUGGAGCCCGUCUUCUCCUUGCAUCCACCUCUGAAGUGUAUGGAGAUCCUGAAGUUCACCCACAAAAUGAAGAUUACUGGGGUCAUGUGAAUCCUAUAGGACCAAGAGCAUGUUAUGAUGAAGGAAAGCGAGUUGCUGAAACUAUGUGCUAUGCCUAUAUGAAGCAGGAAGGUGUGGAAGUAAGAGUUGCCCGAAUCUUCAAUACGUUUGGCCCCCGGAUGCACAUGAACGACGGCAGAGUUGUUAGUAACUUUAUCUUGCAAGCUCUUCAAGGAGAACCCUUAACUGUAUGUAUUCACCUUCUUGUCCUUGCAGUUUAAUGACUAUUCAUUUUAUGUAGCAAAGACACAUCAGUCUCCAUUUUGUGA